UUACGCAGAAAAAUUAAAAGUCAAGGGAGUGGAAGCCCUAGUUUAUUACUAUUGGAAGAAAAAAGAGAAUGAGAUUUAGAUUAAGCAAUCUGAAUCCCAUAUACAAAACAUGCAUCACAACCCUUUCCUCUUCAAAAUUUCUUCCCCCUGUUUUGGAAUCACUGAAUUUGUAUUGUUUUGUUCCUUCUCAAAACUCCGCUUUCAAAAUCCCAAGGAGAUGGCAUUUUGGUCAUUCCCACCAUGAUCAUGAUCAUGAUCAUGAUCGUGAUCACCACCUCCCUCACUCUCAGUUUGAGGGAGAGAACAUUUUCCGGCUGGGUCUCGCCGCCGACAUUGGUUUAGCCGCCGGAAAAGCCUUCACCGGCUAUCUUACCGGUAGCACUGCCAUUAUCGCCGAUGCUGCCCAUUCCGUAUCCGAUGUGGUUCUUAGUGGCAUAGCUUUGUUGUCUUUUAAAGUUGCCAAGGCGCCUAGAGAUAAAGAACACCCAUAUGGACACGGUAAAUUUGAGACUCUAGGAGCUCUUGGGAUCUCUUGUAUGCUUUUGGCAACUGGGGGUGGCAUUGCAUGGCACGCAGUGGACAUUUUGAUGGGAUUGUUCUCAUCUGGUCCUGAAGUGGUUAGCCAGGCAUUGGCGCACGGGCAUGUGCGUAGCCACCAAGAUGGUGGACAUCACCAUGGAAUUGACAUGGAUCAUCCUAUCCUUGCUUUGAAUAUGGCUAUUGUGUCAAUAUGUGUUAAAGAAGGGCUUUACUGGAUAACAAAACGAGCUGGUGAGAAGCAAGGUAGUGGACUGAUGAAAGCAAAUGCAUGGCAUCAUCGUGCAGAUGCAAUUUCAUCAGUAGUUGCUCUCAUUGGAGUUGGAGGGUCUAUUCUUGGAAUGAAGUUUCUUGAUCCACUUGCUGGACUUUUAGUCUCAGGCAUGAUUUUCAAAGCUGGAGCUGAAAGUGGUUACCAAAGUAUCUUGGAAUUGGUGGAUGCAGCAAUUCCAGCACAACAUUUGGAUCCUAUUAAACAAACAAUUUUGCAAGUUGAUGGCGUCAAGGGUUGCCAUCGCUUAAGGGGUAGGAGAGCUGGUUCAUAUCUGUAUCUUGAUGUAAAUAUUGAGGUUAAUCCUUUUUCUAGUGUUAGUGCUGCACAUGACAUUGGUGAAAAUGUUAGACAUCAAAUUCACAAGUCUCAUCCUACUGUGGCUGAAAUUUUCAUACACAUAGAUCCUGCAAUGGCUCAUGUUUCUCCCUGCACAACAAAUGAGCAAGAUAGUUGGGAUGGAGACAUGGACCAGAACAGUAUUGUUCCUGCUGGGGAUAGUAACGUUGAAGGAAUUGUUUCUGAUAUCAUCUCAUCAAACUUUCCACAGAUAUCAGUUGAGCACAUAACACGCCACAUGUUUCAAGGCAAGAUUGUUCUUCAAAUUGAGGUUUCCAUGCCAUCUGAUAUCCUAAUUCGAGAUGCAAUUGAAAUGGCAAAGCAAGCAGAAAAAGAGGUUUUGAAGGCUAUAUCAAAUAUAAGUCAUGUUGGCAUUCAGCUACGUCUGGGGCAACUAUUUCCACAGAUGAGUCAUACAUAGAACCAUCCAAGAAGUUGGAAAGCAGAUUUUUUGCAACUCCAUGCAUCCUCUGAGUAUGACUGUAGUUAAAUUGAUUAAUAACAAUAUUGCAGAGACUCAUACCUAGUCUGAUACAAUUAUAUAGCCAAUGGCUUUGAGGGUUCAACCGUGGCGGAAGGUUAAGGAGACCAGUUUUAAAACUUAAUAAUUAAUUUGAGCCCAUUGGAGGGGUUUUUUUUUUUUUUUUUUUAAAUUUAAAAUGAAAAUAAUUUACUUUACCAGACUGCUGAAAACACUGCUGAGUUCCCUCGG